AUGCGUAUAAACAACACUUUCUCUGCUGGUUUGCCUAUUGUUCAUUCGAAUGCAGAGUUUUCAGCUUUAGUAAACUCAAACACUUUAGCAAACAUAAACUUAACCUUAGUUGACGCAAACUUUGUUCCUGUAAAACUUUUAUGUCCUAUGUAUUUGUCAAUGACGGCAGAAAGUUUCGAAUUGGAAGAUGCAACUGGUGAAAGUAUUGUAUUACAAGAACAACUUCAACAACAAAUAGCUCAAGAACAACAAAUGCAACAAAUGCAACAAAUGGAACAAAUGCAACAACAAAGUCAAGAAUAA